AUGUCACAGAGAUUACAUGAUAUAAAGGAACAUAUUACAAGCAAGCUAUCGUCAAACGCCAGGAGCGAUCGUUCAGCUGAUGAUGUCGUCAUUGUGUCAGCUUAUCGCUCCCCUAUUGCAAAAGGGUUCAAAGGUUCAUAUAAGGAUGUUAAUACUGAUUACUUGUUGACGCAAUUCUUGCUCAGUUUUAUUGACAAAUUUCCCGGUUCACUGAAGGACCAUUUGGAAUUGAUUGAAGAUAUUACUUGUGGGAACGUUUUAAAUGUUGGUGCCGGUGCUACUGAACACAGGGCUGCUUGUCUUGCCGCAGGCAUCCCAUACAGCACUUCUUUCAAUGCUGUCAACAGACAAUGUUCUUCGGGAUUGACUGCUGUCAACGACAUUGCUAACAAAAUUCAAACUGGCCAAAUAGAUAUCGGACUUGCAUUAGGUGUCGAAUCAAUGUCGCAAAAUUACAAGAAUCUGAACCCAUUGGGAACCAUUUCUGAUACUCUGAAAAAUGAUCGUAAUGCUAGAAAAUGCUUGAUUCCAAUGGGUAUCACUAACGAAAAUGUGGCAGCAAAUUUCAGUAUUGAUAGAGCAAACCAAGAUAAAUUUGCUGCUUCUUCAUAUAACAAGGCACAACAUGCUAUCGAAGCUGGCCUCUUUAAUGAUGAAAUUUUGCCAAUGAAAUUACCCGAUGGAACUGCUGUCACUAAAGAUGAAGGCCCCAGACCGAAUGUCACACCUGAAAGUUUGGGUAGUUUGAGGCCCGCUUUCAUCAAAGACAAAGGUACUACCACAGCUGGCAAUUCAUCCCAGGUUUCUGAUGGUGUUGCUGGUGUGCUAUUGACAAGAAGAUCGGUUGCUGAAAAUUUGAACUUACCAAUAUUGGGACGCUAUCUUGCAUUCCAAGCCGUUGGUGUUCCACCAGAGGUUAUGGGAGUUGGACCAGCUUAUGCCAUUCCAAAAGUACUCUCAAAAGUCAAUCUAAGCAUUGCAGAUAUAGACAUUUUUGAAAUCAAUGAAGCCUUUGCUGCCCAAUGUCUCUAUUGCUGUAAUAAAUUAAACAUUGAUUUAAAUAAAGUCAAUCCCAAGGGCGGUGCCAUUGCUUUGGGACAUCCACUUGGUUGUACAGGAGCAAGACAGGUUGCUACCAUUUUUAACGAGCUGAAAAGGGACCAAAUAGGUGUAGUCAGCAUGUGUAUUGGAACCGGCAUGGGUGCAGCUGCAGUCUUCGUCAAAGAGUAA